AUGGUGGACGACGAGAUAAUCUUCCCGGGCCACAUCGACAUGGGUGACAUGGCGGAUCUCAUGGUCGGCGAGGCUGACCUAGACGGCUUUUCCGACGACGAGCUUGACGUGGACGAAUUGGAACGCCGCAUGUGGAAGGACCGCCUCAAGCUGAAGCGGAUCAAAGACUGCCAGAAGAUUAAGGAUGCUCCGGAGGCUCAGGAGAAUAAGGAGGACGAGGAGGAGGACGACGACUUUAAGCCGCGCCAGAAACAGUCGCAGCAGGAUCAGGCUCGCCGCAAAAAGAUGUCGCGAGCGCACGACGGGAUUCUGAAGUACAUGCUGAAGAUGAUGGAAGUCUGCAAGGCCCAGGGUUUCGUGUACGGUAUUAUCCCGGAGAAGGGCAAGCCGGUGGGCGGAAGCUCUGACAACCUGCGCGCGUGGUGGAAGGACCAGGUGCGCUUCGACCGCAACGGGCCCGCCGCCAUCGCGCGCUACAACGCGGAGCAGGCUGUAGCGGCCGGCAAGAAGGACCACCAGCCGGCAGGCCUACUACAGCUCACCACGCCAAACACGCUACAAGAGCUUCAGGAUACGACGCUCGGGUCGCUGCUAUCCGCGUUAAUGCAGCAUUGCGAUCCGCCGCAGCGGAGGUAUCCGUUGGAAAAGGGAAACCCCCCUCCGUGGUGGCCGAGCGGGGACGAGGAUUGGUGGCCGCAGCUGGGGAUGCCACGUGGCAGCGGUCGUCCUCCUUAUAAGAAGCCGCACGAUUUGAAAAAGGCGUGGAAGGUCGGGGUGCUGACGUCGGUGAUAAAGCAUUUGUCGCCGGACAUCGCACGGAUUCGCAAGCUCGUGCGACAGAGCAAGUGUUUGCAGGAUAAGAUGACGGCGAGAGAAAGUGCCACGUGGCUCGCUGUGCUGGAUCAGGAGGAGGCGUCGCUGCUGCACGCGCAGGGGAAGCCGCUUCCGCCGGGCGCGGCGGAAUACGACCCCUUCCGCGUCGACCUUCCGCCCUUCGUCUCCGCGAACGGCGGCGUGGGAUGCGGUGACUACCUCGCCGGAGCGCUGCAGGCACUUCAGCAGCAACAGCAGCAGCAGCGAAGCGCUGCAGCGGAAGGGGCGACUGCCGGGAAACCCCCCGCUGUGGGCGCCGCCGGCGUCGGCGGAAAGCCCGCCGCCACCAUGAAAACCGAGCCGCUGUCGUGGAUGCCGGCGGUGACGAAUCACAUCCCCGCAAAUCCUGCCGCCACUGACGCGGCUCCGGGUCAGGCGCCGGGGAAUGCCGAAAAGCUGCUAAUCUUAGGGGACAGCAGUGAUGCUGCUGCUGGGAAUCCCGGAGGCGAUGAUGACGUGGCACCGCCAAUUGAGGCGGUGCUUGCGGGGGUUGAGAUACUGCCCGAGCACAGAGUUUUCAUGUGCCCGUUCGACCGCUGCCCGCGGCACUUGUGGCGCAACGCGUUUUCCGACCGCGCCUCGCGAAACCUUCACCAAGCGAACUGCGCGUUCCGCCCUAGCGGCAAGGGGGAGGGGGAUUCCGCCGGUUCCGCGGAAGCCAGCGGUGGCGCAAACGGCAGAAAGAGCGCGCCCGAGGGCGGGGCGCCUUUCCUGCCACCCCACCACCUGCGCCACGCGUCCCUGCUCAGGCAGGGAAGCUUCCCAGGAGAUGCCUACCACCCGGGGGGUCCCGGAAAUAUGAUGGGCAUGGGCGCAGGUAACAUGAUGGGGGGAAUUCCCCCCUCUCAUCCGCCCAUCAUGGGCCCUCCACCUCCCGCUCCGCCGCUCCCGUACCCCGCGGCGCUGGGCCUGCCAGCUCACGCAUCAGGGUAUCCUGACGUGUACGGGGGUAUGUAUGGGCAUAUGAUGGGCAUGGGAGGGGGGCACAUGGGGAUGGGGGGACCGCAUGGGAUGGGGCCGUAUGGGAUGCCUCCGCCGCCACAUCACUAUGCGGGGAUGAUGAUGGCCGCUGCGGCCGCCGCCGCCGCUGCUAAUGCUAAUGCUGGUGGUGGUGCGAAUGGUGCUAACGGUGCUGUCUCUGCCUCUGCUGCUGCUGCUGCGAGGGGAGGUAUGGCACGAGCUGGCAACGCUUCUGGUGGGGUUGGGGAGGAGGCGUUUCGGGAAGUGAUGCUGCAAGGACAGGCGAUGCAGCAGCAGAGAAGGAACGACGCAAAGCAGCAGCAGGGGUUUUUGCAGGGAAGAGCCGACUCUCAGGAACAGGGAGUGCAGGGAGAGGAGCAAAACGAGGGCAGCAGCAACGCUCGCUCUGCUUCCUUAAACCCCUUGGCUCGAGUCACUGCCGCGUCUCUCCCUCCCUUCCGCCGCAACUACAGCGAUCAGAACCUUCCGCUGUGCGCGAUCACUGGUGGUGUUGCUAGUGGCGUGGCUGGUGGUAUGGCAUUAGGCGGCAGGGGUGGAGCUACUGCUGCAGGAGGGGGUUCGGGGCGGAGCAACCUCGGCAUGCUUCCUUCCCAGCUGCACCAGCAGCAGCAGCAGCAACAAGAGCAGGAGCAGCAAACAGCGUUUCAAGAGCUUUCUGCUGCCGUGGCUGCUGCAGCUGCUGCUAGCAGCGGCGCCAGUGCUGCCAGUUCUGGCGGCGGAGUGACGGUUGGGGCGAAGCGGAGGGCGUUAUCCGAUGCGGAGGCUGUUCUCGCCAGCAACCCGGACUUUUUCGCCUCGGUCCUCGAAGAUUCAUCGAAUCUGGACGGUAUGAUUCAUCUAGAGGGCAUGCUGCAUCAGCAGCAGCAACCGAGCUUGGGAUCUCCCCAUGAGACUAUUACGGAUGAUGGGGCAGGUCGGGGAGGAGGUUCGGGCCAAGCCGGAGCAGCAGGUUUGGGGAUGAUGUCAUCUAAUGCUAAUGCUAAUGGUAUUGCAAACGGCAAUGGUACUGCCAGUGGUAAUGGUGGGGACGCUGGUGGGGCAGCCGUGGAGCAGAGCGGAGGGGGUCCGGUGGGGAUGGAAGAGGAUGUGGAUGACAGCUUGUUUGGGUUCAGCUUUGGAGCGAUAGGGAAUCAGGACCACAUGAGACUGCUCAACAAUCUCAUGGAUGAGGAAUUGUGCUACUUCGGUGCAUGA